AUGGUGGUGAAAUUUAGAUGUCGCUUGUCUUGGAGGCGUAUACUCGCUAUGGCAGUGGCACUCUUAGCCUUGGUUGUCAUGGUGACACGCAAAGGGAAGCAACUUAUGCAUUGGCUAUCGGCACACCGCUUCAGUAUUAGCGUUGCCAGCUCCAUAUUGCUUGGGCUUCUGAAUAUUUUGGUGUACAACAUCGGUUGUCCGAAUAUGAAACCCCUGCUGGAUCCAGUAAAAUUGUUUCAUGGAUUUGUUCCGGUGUUUCCCAGCCACUUUUUUCAUGGUCCAGACUUAACUAAUGUAAGUAUAACACUCUCCAGACAGACACUGGAGCAGCCACAACAACUUGACUUGUAUCUACACAGUCACAUCCUGCAAAGUUCGUUGUCUUCCCAAACUACCCCUGUUGUUCACAUUAUUUGGUGCGAUUCCGGUCCCUUUACAUUCACACAUUAUUUAAGUGUACUAGCAUCUUUUAAAGUCAUCAGUCCAUCAGUAUUAUAUCUACAUUUAAUCAGGCAACCAUACAUUGAUCCUGAUGGAUAUUUUCAGUUUCUUCCAGAUCUGCUGAGAGACCUUCCUCCUUUGAUUAUCAGAAACUUGCCCUCUAAAUAUGCCUGUUACGGCAAUGCUGAAGAAAAAACAGUUGCUUAUUUGAGUAUUGUAGGCAGUGCAGGAGGCAUUGUAAUCAAUGGAAGAACGGUUUUAGCUCCUUCACCUGCUUUAGUGAAUCUGCUGAGCAAGAAGAUCAGUAUUUCUGUUCAAAAAGAUGAUAAUACAUUGGAACCACUGAUCGUAACGGCUCAGGCAAAAGUGGUCCAGAAAGUUCCUACAGAAGAUUCGUUAAAAUCGUUCCUCCAAUCACACGACUCCAAAUAUUAUCGCUGCAGCAGCGCUGGAAUGUUUUCUUUGUUGGACCGCGAUGUCUGUGUCUACGUCCAGGAGGAUAUAUUUCCUGUGUUUGUAUUCAACAGUUCUUCCCAGUUCCAUAGGCUGGCUCGCUGGAUCAGUUAUGGGACAUCAGGUUGGUUAAUGUCUGCUCCUUCAGACAGUGUGAUUGUGCCAAACAUAGUUCAUUAUGUUUGGCUGGGCCAGAAUCAGCUGAACUUUUUUGCCUAUCUCAGUGUCAUGAGCAGUUUGUAUGUCCUCGGCGCUGACACAGUCUAUGUUCACGGGGAUCACAAGCCACUAGGUGACUUCUGGACAGAGCUCAAGCAGCACCCUAGAGUUAAAUUCAUCCAUCGGGAUUUUCCAACUUCAGUUUUUGGUGAACCAAUCAAAAGAUUUGCAUCACAUGCCAGUGAUUAUCUUCGAGGUGAUAUACUUCUUAGAUAUGGAGGUGUUUACGCAGACUGGGAUGUCAUAUUCCUUCAACAACUGCCACAUACCAUGAGACUUCACCAAACCACAGCCUCUGUUGACUGGCCAGAAACAGGUGCUUUUCCAGAUGUGUUUAAUUUAGGGGUUUUAGUGUCAGCGCCCGGGGCUCCCUUUUUGAGACAUUUCCUGGAGUCCUACAGAUGGUAUCUAGACCGUGACUGGUCGUACAAUGCCAUUCAUAUUCCGUACAAAGUUUAUGAGAAACAGCCUCGCUCCUUAAAUGUAGACAGACAUCUACAGAUCCUGUGUGCUUUAAACACAUGUCAUGCCACAUGGCUGCCAGACUACAAGCAAGACAGCACAGACCACCUGAACCCCAUACAAGUGAACUGGCAGGCAGACGCCCUGGCCAUACACUGGACACAUCCGGACCCUGUUGAGUUUAGAAGCAAGCAACACCUGCUCUCGUCAGAUACAGUUAUCGCCCAAAUUGGCAAGUUUGUUCUGAAUAGAGUAACACUGAACAAAUAA